CACUUAGUUUGUUUUCCAUUUUAAUCACAUUUCCCAGUCAGGAAACUCAAUACCCUGAUCUUCCUCAUUUAGAUAUCGAUAGAUACAGAUACAUACAUUUUCCCCUUCUUCCUCUCUCUCUCUCUCUCUCUCUCUAUCUCUCUCUCUCAUUUUUCCCCUUUUCCAAUUCAAAACCCCUAAUUUCAAUCAAUUUUUUCUCCAUUCUGAAUCUAAUUUGAUCUCUCUCAGAGCUAAACCCUAGAAAUCACCCUGACGAAAAUAUAGGCGUACGUGUAUACAUACAGAUAGAUACAGACGCGGAUGUAUUGGAUAUAGAGAGAGGUUCGAAUGAAGUGAGGUAGGAAUGGGUGCAGCAGGUUCGAAGCUCGAGAAAGCAUUGGGUGACCAAUUUCCUGAAGGCGAGCGGUAUUUUGGACUCGAGAAUUUCGGCAACACUUGCUAUUGCAACUUUGUUUUGCAGGCUCUUUAUUUCUGUGUCCCAUUCCGUGAGCAGUUGCUAGAAUAUUAUUCCAAUAACAAAAAUCCUGCAGAUGCAGAAGAAAAUCUCCUGACAUGCCUAGCAGACUUGUUUUUACAGAUAAGCUCACAAAAGAAAAAAACUGGUGUUCUUGCUCCAAAGCGUUUCGUACAGCGACUGAAGAAGCAAAAUGAAAUUUUUCGCAGUUACAUGCAUCAGGAUGCCCAUGAAUUCCUAAACUAUUUGCUAAAUGAACUGGUCGAAAUACUGGAGAAAGAAGCUCAAGCUACCAAGACUGAACCAGAAGGUUCCGAGAAAAUUGCUAAUGGCCCGACAAAUAUAUCUUCCAACGGUUCCCCAGAGGAGCCCCUGAUCACCUGGGUGCACAAGAAUUUUCAGGGUAUAUUGACAAAUGAAACAAGGUGCCUACGUUGUGAGACAGUGACAGCAAGGGAUGAAACAUUUCUUGACUUGAGCAUUGAUAUAGAACAGAACAGUUCAAUUACGAGCAAUCUGAAAAAUUUUAGCUCCACUGAAACUUUAAAUGCCGAUGACAAAUUCUUUUGUGACAAAUGCUGCAGCUUACAAGAAGCCCAAAAGAGAUUGAAGAUCAAAAGGCCACCUCAGAUCCUAGUCAUCCAUUUGAAGAGAUUCAAGUACAUCGAACAGCUGGGCCGAUACAAGAAGCUUUCGUAUCGUGUCGUGUUCCCACUCGAGCUAAAACUCAGCAACACAGUCGAAGACACAGAAGCAGAAUAUUCCCUCUUCGCCGUAGUUGUCCACGUAGGCAGUGGUCCCAAUCACGGCCACUACAUCAGCCUCGUGAAAAGCCACAACCAUUGGUUGUUCUUCGACGAUGAAAACGUUGAAAUGAUCGACGAAUCCGCCGUGCAGACCUUCUUCGGAUCAGCCCAAGAGUAUUCCAGUAAUACAGAUCAUGGGUACAUUUUAUUUUACGAACGACUAAUUACUGGUAGCACGAGCUAAGAGACGAGGCAUCGAUUUCUUUUUUUUCUCGCAGAAUCCAAUUUAUUUUACAAUUUUGAGAAUGUUUAAUGAAUUUUACCUACCUAAUUUUUAAUGUUCGUUCUUGAUGAAAUUUGAUGUGGAAAUCUUUUUGGUUCGUUUUUUUA